AUGAAGAUCUCUAUCAUCGCCAUCGCCGCGGCAGUCGCCCCUGGAGCUAUCGCCGACUUCUGGCUCACAUACAUGGCCAGGGACGUGCCAGGUGCGCCGAAGUUAGUCGGCGGUACCAACGAGGGUGCCGUAUUCACCAAGGACCAGCAGAUCACCUGCAGCGACAUGAGGUCGACGAUUUACUCCGACGCCGACGACGUGAGCGGUCACCGUAUAGGCAUGCGCACCGUUCCCGGCAAUAUCGUUCAGCCACCCAUAUACAGAGACCCUCUAGAAGUCGUUGAGUUCAACACCGGUAUGGGCAAGCCGGGCCAUCACACCAUCUAUAAGGAUCGAGGAUACGCUAUGUUCGACGUGGAUGGGAAAAAGACUGGCCAGUGCCACUUGAACAGGUCGCAGGCCUUCCAGUUGAAGUGUGACGAUAAUGGUGACACCGUUUACUUGGAAGGGUCCACAAUGUUCUUCUGCGAGUCUGAUCUUAAUGUCGUGCUCGACUAG